CAUUCUCAGGGGUAGCGGAUCCAUUUGCCUUCGUCGACGAACUAACAUUCCAAACUCUGUCGGACGCCUUCCAUUGUUGUCAGCCCUGCAUGGUUGUUCUAGGGCAAGCAGUGAAGGAUCGAACCCUAAGGCUUUUUAUACUACCAAAAUCUGGAACUGAACACUCAUGUAUUCAAGACAGGCAUAUAAUUUUUUGCAUUGAAUACCUUGAUUGAACAUCCACAAAAUGUUGCAGGUUGUGUGUGAGUUUUGGUUUUGUUGAAGGAUAGCUUAUUCAACUAUCCUUUUAUUGGCACUAGCUAUGCUACCCACUGGAGCAAAAGAGACACAAUUACAUGAAAACAGUAGUCAGAAGGUCCAUCCUCAACCUGUGGAAGAGGCCAUGAAUCAGAAUCCUGAAGCUUUGGAAACUUUAAUGUCUAGAAUCUUUACAAAUAUAUCUUCCUUGAAGUCAGCUUAUAUCCAGCUCCAGUCUGCUCAUACUCCCUAUGAUCCUGAUAAUAUACAAACUGCAGAUAAACUUGUUAUUGCAGAGUUGAAGAACCUGUCUGAACUCAAGCAUUUCUAUCGGGAAAACAACCCAAAACCAGUGUGUGUUUCCCCACAAGACUCUCGUUUGGCUGCAGAAAUUCAAGAGCAGCAAAGCCUCCUGAAAACCUAUGAGGUUAUGGUGAAGAAGUUUCAGUCCGAAAUUCAGAAUAAAGAUUCGGAGAUCCAUCAAUUGCAGCAGCAGAUAGAGGAGGCUAGCCAAAAGCGGGCCAAGUUAGAAAAGAAUCUGAAGCUUAGGGGCUUGUUAACCAAAGACUCUGAAGAUGAAAAUAGGUUUUUCCCUGUUGAUCUUACACCAGAUCUUUUUACAUCUGCUGCAGAAGCAGCUUCCAAAGCCAUCCACGAUUUUUCUAAGCCGUUGAUCAACAUGAUGAAGGCAGCUGGGUGGGACCUUGAUUCUGCUGCCCACUCAAUUGAUUCUAAUGUCAUUUACACAAAGAGAGCUCACAAGAAGUACGCAUUUGAGUCCUACAUAUGUCAAAGGAUGUUUGGUGACUUUGAGCAGGAAAGCUUCGGUGUCAAAUCAGACCGUGUUACAGUCACGAAGGAGAGCUUCUUCCAUCAAUUUCUUUCCUCAAGGGAGACGGAUCCCUUGGAUAUGUUAGGGCAAAAUCCGGAUUCAAUUUUUGGUAAAUUUUGUCGGAGCAAGUACCUAGUGGUUGUUCAUCCAAAAAUGGAAGCAUCGUUCUUUGGAAAUCUAGAUCAGCGAAAUUUUUUAGUGGGGGGUGGACAUCCAAGGACUGCUUUUUACCAGGCUUUUCUGAAACUUGCCAAGUCAAUUUGGCUUUUGCACAGACUUGCCUAUUCAUUUGAGCCAAAUGUCAAGGUAUUUCAGGUUAAAGCGGGGAGUGAAUUCUCUGAUGUUUAUAUGGAAAGCGUGAUAAAGGAUCUGGUCAUGGAUGAAAGUGAGGUGAAGCCCAGAGUUGGGCUGAUGGUCAUGCCUGGAUUCUGGAUUGGUGGAAGUGUGAUUCAGAGUAAAGUCUAUCUCUCUAAUAUGAAGGUAGCCGAGUGAUUUUGGAUAAUACAUGCGGACCUUUUGUCCAGACAGUCUGAUGUAUGUAGCUAGGUCAAGUUGCGUUUUCUUAUCCUGCAAUGUGUAAUGUAAUGCUGUUUGUAAUAUAUUUCAUUCCUGUUAGUGGUCUCUGAGAUGAAAUUGUGCUCUCUGGGUGUCCUUGUUUACCUUCAGGUUUUAUUCUGCUGUUUGCUCAUAUCCCACUUGAAAAUCCAAAGAGAUUAAGAUUGUAAUUUUUCUGGGACCUCAUAUCCAGAAUCGUAUUAAUGCAGAUAUAUAUAAAAUGCGUGGUGUUAUCAUUA